AUGUACGCUAAGUUGAUCAUCGCUCUUUGCGCCAUUGGUGUCGCUCAUGGCAGUGGACUUCUGGCUCCCGCCCCGGUAGCAUACAGUAGCCAUGCUAUCGCUCCCGCCGUCUCCUCAGUCUCUUACUCCACCCACACGGCGCACUCUGCUCCAGCAGUAGCUGUACACGCUGCCCCAGCUGUAGCAGUCCAUGCCGCACCAGCUGUAGCCGUAUCUCGGACUAUUGCCCCAGCAGCGACUUCUUACUCUUCAUACUCUAGCCACACUGCUCAUGCCGCUCCUGUCGCCGCCUACGCCGCCGCUCCUGCAGUAGCUGUGCACGCCGCCCCCGCUGUAGCCGUAUCUCGGACUAUUGCCCCAGCAGCGACCUCUUACUCCUCUUACUCUAGCCACACCGCCCAUGGUUCUCCUGUAGCUGCCUAUGCUGCUGCUCCCGCUAUCGCAACUUACGCCGCCGCCGCGCCUGCCGUAGCCGUACACGCUGCCCCCGCCGUCGCUGUAUCUAGGACUAUUGCUCCUGCUGCGACCUCAUACUCCUCUUACUCCAGCCAAACUUCCCACGGAGCACCCGCAGUAGCUGCCUACGCUGCAGCUCCAGCUGUUUCCUACGCGCGGUCAUACGCUGCUCCCGCUAUCUCGGCCUAUGCUGCUCCCGCUGUAGCCUCUUACUCCCGGUCCUACGCGGUCCCCGCCGUAGCCUCUUACUCCCGGUCCUACGCCGUCCCCGCCGUAGCCUCUUACUCCCGGACCUACGCUGCCCCUGCUAUAGCGUCUUACUCCCGGAUUCAAGCUGCUCCUGCUGUUGCGGCAUACGCUGCUCCUGCAUACUCCACUUACGCAGCUGCCGCCCCCGUCCUUCGUUCCGCCAUCUCUUACUCCUCGGCUCCUGCUGUAUCUCACAUCUCUUACAACGCCCACGGUGCUAACUACGCCUGGUAUCACGAUACAAAAAUGUGGUGCCAAUUCAACCGGCGUAAUUUCAAUAUGGCGAUUCGGGAUCUCGAUAAAAAGAUCACUAGCUAUAAAAAUUAUUCAAGAAUCAUAACUCGCACAAACAUGUACGCUAAGUUGAUCAUCGCUCUUUGCGCCAUUGGUGUCGCUCAUGGCAGUGGACUUCUCGCUGCCGCCCCGGUAGCAUACAGCAGCCAUGCUAUCGCUCCCGCCGUCUCCUCAGUCUCUUACUCCACCCACACGGCGCACUCUGCUCCAGCAGUAGCUGUACACGCUGCCCCAGCUGUAGCAGUCCAUGCCGCACCAGCUGUAGCCGUAUCUCGGACUAUUGCCCCAGCAGCGACUUCUUACUCUUCAUACUCUAGCCACACUGCUCAUGCCGCUCCUGUCGCCGCCUACGCCGCCGCUCCUGCAGUAGCUGUGCACGCCGCCCCCGCUGUAGCCGUAUCUCGGACUAUUGCCCCAGCAGCGACCUCUUACUCCUCUUACUCAAGCCACACCGCUCAUGGUUCUCCUGUUGCUGCCUAUGCUGCUGCUCCCGCUAUCGCCACUUACGCCGCCGCUGCGCCUGCCGUAGCCGUACACGCUGCCCCUGCCGUUGCUGUAUCUAGGACUAUUGCUCCUGCUGCGACCUCAUACUCCUCUUACUCCAGCCAAACUUCCCACGGAGCACCCGCAGUAGCUGCCUACGCUGCAGCUCCAGCUGUUUCCUACGCGCGGUCAUACGCUGCUCCCGCUAUCUCGGCCUAUGCUGCUCCCGCCGUAGCCUCUUACUCCCGGUCCUACGCCGUCCCCGCCGUAGCCUCUUACUCCCGGUCCUACGCCGUUCCCGCCGUAGCCUCUUACUCCCGGACCUACGCCGCCCCUGCUGUAGCGUCUUACUCCCGGAUUCAAGCUGCUCCUGCUGUUGCGGCAUACGCUGCUCCUGCAUACUCCACUUACGCAGCUGCCGCCCCCGUCCUUCGUUCCGCCAUCUCUUACUCCUCGGCUCCCGCUGUAUCUCACAUCUCUUACAACGCCCACGGUGCUAACUACGCAUGCUCCUGCAAGAAUUGGUUACCAGUUCCUUCAGUGUGGUAUAAAAGAGAACGUAUGUGUAUUUGGAGCCAAGUUGAAAAUAGAAACAACAACAGUAACAUGUAUUCUAAGGUCAUCAUCUUUCUCUGUGCUGCGGGGAUUGCAUCCGCAGGCAAUCUCCUGCAUGCAUCCAUCGCUGCUCCCGUGGCUUAUAGUUCGCCUUCUGUGUCUUACACCACGCAAACUAAGACUGUUGCUCCAUUGGCAACAUACGCUGCUGCCCCCGUAGCUACAUAUGCAUCUGCUCCAGUAGCAACAUAUUCUGCGGCUCCCGUGGCUACAUAUGCUGCAGCACCAGUUGCCACAUAUUCUGCGGCUCCCGUGGCUACAUAUGCUGCAGCUCCUGUUGCCACAUACGCUAAGGCAAUUGCUGCACCUGCGGUUGCAUCUUCGUACCAGUCCGUAACCACUCAAAUUAAUCCAGUGGCAUACGCCGCAGCUGCCCCAGUAGUCGCAAAGUCAUACGCCGCUCCUAUCCUUACGAGAACCUAUUCCGCCCCCGUACUUACACGAACAUAUGCUGCUGCCGCUCCGGUUAUAUCUAAAACCUAUAGUGUUCCUGCCAUCGCUAGUUAUGCUGCACCUUCAGUAUCUUACGCAUCAAUUUCAUCUCACUCAGCCCCAGUAGCGUAUGCCGCCGCUCCAUCAAUCUCAUAUGCAGCGUCACCAGCUAUUUCGUACGCUGCUCCCUCUAUUUCGUACGCUGCUCCCUCCAUUUCGUACGCUGCAGCCCCUUCUAUCUCAUACGGUUUGGGAGGACACGGAUGGUAAACCUGCAUACAUAAGACUUUUUAAUAUUGAUAAAUAUUAAUUAAAUCUGUUGAUUAUUUUUAUCAUAAAAUAUGGACUUUUAAAAAGAAAUAAAAUAAAUUUAGACAAAUA